AUGUUUGCUGGUGCAUUGAAGAGAUCAUUGACUAAAUGCAGUCAACAAAAGUCAACGUCGUCGAUGGUUUACACCAAGCGUUUCCUCAACAUUCAUGAGUACCAGGCUCAGAAGUUGAUGAAGGCUUACGGUAUCGAUUGUCCAAAGGGCAACGUUGCCGACACCCCAGACGAGGCAGAGAAGUUGUCAGAGUUGUUAAAUACACAGGACUACGUUGUUAAGGCUCAGAUUCUCGCAGGUGGUAGAGGAAAGGGUAUAUUCUCGAGUGGACUUAAGGGAGGAGUGCACAUCUGUAGCACACCAGAGGAGGUGAAGAAGUAUGCAUCAAAGAUGAUCGGACACACUUUGAUCACCAAGCAGACUGGCCCAAGUGGGAAGGUCGUCAACAAGAUUUACAUCGCCGAGCGACACUAUUUGAGACGCGAGAUGUACUUUGCCAUCUUGAUGGACCGCAAGACUGGCGGUCCCCUCAUGAUUGCCUCGCCCGAGGGUGGUGUCGACAUUGAGACUGUGGCUCGCGAGACCCCAGGCGCCAUCUUUGUCGAGCCCAUCGACAUCUUCAAGGGUGUGCAGCCAGAGCAGACUCUUCGUCUUGCACAAAAGAUUGGCGUGUCACCCAAGAACAUCGCCAAGGCACAGGACCAGAUGACCCGUCUCUACAACUUCUUUAUCAAGCACGAUUGCACCAUGGUUGAGAUCAACCCAAUGGCCGAGACUUCAUCUGGAGAUGUAUUAUGUAUGGAUGCAAAGCUUAACUUUGAUGACAAUGCUUCAUUCCGUCAGAAGGAGGUGUUUGAGCUGAGGGAUCGCUCACAGGAGGAUCCACGUGAGGUCAAGGCGUCGACUUACGAUCUCAACUACAUUGGACUGGACGGAAACAUUGGCUGUCUGGUGAACGGUGCCGGUCUGGCAAUGGCCACGAUGGACAUCAUCAAGCACUAUGGCGGUAGCCCCGCCAACUUCUUGGACGUCGGUGGUGGCGCCACUCAGAAGCAGGUGACAGAGGCCAUCAAGCUGAUCAGCAGCGACCCCAACGUCAAGUCGAUUUUGGUCAAUAUAUUCGGAGGCAUUAUGAAGUGCGACAUUAUUGCCAUGGGCAUCAUCCAGGCCGUCAAGGAGCUGUCAAUCAAGACGCCGCUGGUCGUGCGUCUGCAGGGCACCAACGUCGAGACCGCCAAGAAGAUCAUGGAGGAGAGUGGUCUGCGACUGAUUGCCGCUGACAACCUCGACGAUGCCGCCGAGAAGUCCGUCAGAAUCGCUGACAUUGUCACCCUUGCAGAGAAGGCCGAGCUCGAUGUAUCAUUUAAACUACCACUUUAA